GGAAAUUUGGUAUUGGAUUGCCCAAUUUCUGAAGAUUUAUUAGAAAAGUAUACUGGUGAAAAUGGUAAACCUCCAACUAGUCAUGAAUUUGGUUCCAUGAGAUAUCAAGCUGUUACAUGUGAACCAGACCAGUUUGAAGAUCAAAAUUAUCAAUUAAGACCGAACUUAUACACAAAAGAAAGAGAAACAGAGCUAUUAAUUGCAAUCACAAUGUACAAUGAAGAAGAAUACUUGUUGGCAAAGACAUUAAAGGGUGUUUUUCAAAAUAUUAUCCAUUUAAGCAAUUUGAAAAAUUCAGAGGUUUGGGGUGAAAAUUCAUGGAAGAAAAUAGUUGUUUGUAUUAUUUCAGAUGGUAGAUCAAAAAUUAAUCCAAAGAGUCAAGCAUUGUUGGCUAGUCUAGGUGUUUUUCAAACUGGUUUAGCAAAAAAUAAAGUUGGCAAAAAGGAUGUUAAACUUCAUCUAUAUGAACAUACUACAAUGCUAGGUAUUAGAUCUACAGAAGAAAAUAAUAUCACCUUUGUUAGAUUUGGUAUACCUAUUCAAUUGAUGUUUUGUUUAAAAGAGAAAAAUCAACAGAAAAUUAAUUCACAUAGAUGGUGUUUUCAAGCAUUUUGCAAGGUUUUACAACCAAAUGUGAUUGUUUUGCUUGAUGCAGGAACACAGCCUUCAGAAACAUCCAUUUAUCAUCUUUGGAAUGAAUUUUAUUUAAACGAUAAUGUUGGUGGAGCAUGCGGAGAAAUCAAAGUUGCAUUGGGUAGAAAAUGGAAAAAUCUAUUAAACCCCUUGAUUGCAGCACAAAAUUUUGAGUAUAAGAUUUCUAAUAUAUUGGAUAAACCAAUGGAAAGUGUAUUUGGAUACAUUUCUGUUCUACCAGGUGCAUUCUCAGCAUAUCGAUACAAAGCAUUGCUAAAUGAUCCUGUAACGAAAAAAGGGCCAUUGGAUUCAUAUUUCAAAAAAGAAAUGAUGGAAAAACAUAAUAUUUCUGCUGGUUUUUUUGAUCAAAACAUGUAUUUGGCCGAAGACAGGAUACUUUGUUUUGAAUUGGUAUUUAAAAAUGAAAAAUUAUGUUAUUAUGAAGACCCAGAUGGUCGUCCGACCGAUACUAGAAUUGGGUGGGUAUCAAAAUAUGUCAAAUCAGCAAAAGCAGAAACAGAUACACCAGCAAGCGCUGCUGAUUUAACUAAACAAAGGAGAAGAUGGCUUAAUGGAUCAUUCUUUGCAGCUGUGUUUGCAGUUACUCAUUUUUAUAAAAUUUGGACAAGUAGUCAUAGUUUUUCCAGAAAGCUCAUUAUCCAGAUAGAAAUGAUAUAUCAAUUGAUUUCAUUAAUUAUUUCAUGGUUCGCGAUUGGAAGUUUUUUUUUGAUUUUUCGAAUUUUAACAUCAAGUCUUGAAGAUUAUUUCUCGGGAGCAGAUAUACUAGGAGGAAUAUUUUUAUGGUUUUAUUUGGCUUGCUUAGCAGUGACAGUCAUUUUAAGUUUUGGAAAUAGACCCGAUGGAACUAGAAGGGUUUAUACAGUUAUGUUUUUAUUCUAUGGGAUAUUAAUGGUGUAUACUAUGUUUGCAUCGAUUUAUUUGUCAGUCAAAUCAAUCCAGGACUUUGAGUUGGCUAGGAACUUUAACAACUUGGUAUUUGAAAACUCGAGGUUUAGAGAUUUAGUUGUUUCAAUGUCAUGUACAAUAGCACUUUUUUAUUUUGCAAGUUUUGUUUACUUUGAACCAUGGCAUAUGUUUACCUGUUUUAUCCAAUACAUGGUAAUAUCACCAGUUUACAUGAAUAUUUUGAAUAUAUAUGCAUUUGUUAAUAUGCAUGAUAUCAGUUGGGGUACAAGAGAAGAGGCAGAUAAAACUGACUUAGGCAAAGACAAUGUUGAUGAAGAAUAUAUUGUGGCAUUAGAGUUGCCAUCAUCAAGAGAAGAUGUGCGUAAGGAGUAUAUGAAGAAUCACUACAUUUUAAAUGAAAAAGUGGAAAAGAAAAAAAUAGUGAACAAAGAAGAAGAAAGAAAAGAUUAUUAUGCGUUGGUGAGAAGUGGCAUACUAGUGCUAUGGACCUUCACAAAUGUGGUGAUAGUUGUGGUUGUUUUGACCCAAGAUGGAUUCACCAGUGGAGCCAAUUUGGAAAACAUUGAAAGAAAAAGAAGUGAAAUAUUUUUGACGGUUAUUUUGUGGUUAGUGGCAUUUAUGACAGGAUUUCGGUUUUUAGGCAGUAUGUUGUAUCUCGUUUUCAGAAUGUUCAAGCAGUGGGAGUAUUGGACAGUGAAAAGAGAGUUGAGAUACCGAUCCAAUGACAAGGAGCUAGGGUAUUAG